AUGGUUUCCUCACUAGCCAGAACACUACUUUAUGUAGCAGCAGCUGCCAGCUCGACGACUGCUCUGGGCCAUACGAAGAUGGGUUAUGAUCUCGUCUUUCCAGCACUGAAGAAGUUAGGCGUUAAAGAUAAAGGGGCUAUUUCCGCGAGGAUUGGAUGGUUGGAAGUCAACCAAGGCUUUGUGAUAUUGUCUAUUUUCUGCCUCAAAUGGGCUCAAUUUGGUAUUACGGAUAUCUACGAUAAGGCUUUUGCUGGUUUCUAUUGCGCCUGCCAGUUUUAUUGGGGAUGGUGCUAUUUACAGGCGGGCAUCAAGGAGCCUGUCAUUCCUCUGUGGGGUAUCCCGGCGUUGGUUGGCUUGAGCCAGGUGGUUUAA